UCCUCACGUUGGGAAAUCCCGAAAGGAUGGAGGAAACGAUCAAGGCCAUGGCGGAGAGGGGAGAAGUGGACGAUGCUCUCGUGCUAUUGCUGCAGGAACAUAGCAUUAGUGAGGGCCAGGCAGGUUUCCAAAAGAAGAGGUGGUGCAUAGACCACGUAUUCACGGUAGGGAGAAUCAUCCAAGUUAGAAAGAGGGCGGGAAAGCCGACGUACUGCUUCAUGGACGUGAAAAAGGCAUACGAUACCGCAGGUUUCCGCAAGAAGAGGGGGUGCGUAGACCACGUGUUCACGGUAGGGAGAAUCAUCCAAGGUAGAAAGAGGGCGGGAAAGCCGACGUACUGCUUCAUGGACGUGAAAAAGGCAUACGAUACCGUAUGGAGAAAUGGGCUGUGGAAACAACUGUCCAAAAAUGGGUUGUGGAAACAACUGUCCAAAUACGGGAUCAAGGGGAAAAUGUGGAGAGUGCUGAAGAAGAUGACAGAGUGUACGAAAAGCGCGGUCAUGCUAGACGGAGAACUGUCAAAAUUCUUCGACAUUGAGCAGGGGGUCCCACAAGGUUGCACGCUGUCCCCAACAUUGUUCCAGGUGUUCAUCAACGAUCUGUUGGAAGUCGUAGAGGCAGUCCGGAAGGGAGCAAAAGUAGGGGGCACGGAACUUCGGUUUCGGGAAUCCUGUUUGCGGAUGAUUUUGUUCGGUAUGUCGGACACCCCUGAGGGACUGCAACUGCAAAUUGACGCGGCGAAGAAGUU